AUGAUUUUUUAACUUAUCUGUAAAAAUAAAAACUUAAUUAAUAACAUAAAUUCAUUAUUAUUUACAUAUUUUAUUAUAAAUUAAUUAAUACAACAAAUAAUAGUAAAUUUGAAAUAAUUUAAUUAAAAUAAAACAAGUUAGCAAACAAAAAGUAAGAACAAUAUUUUGAGUAUAAUGAAACUAAAAAAAUAAAUAGAUUUUAUUGUCUUUCUCCUGAAAAUUUUUACAAUUCUUCAACCUAUUGAAAGUUAGACAUCUCCGUGUGACCCUUAAAAAAAUUCAUGCUGUGACUAAUCUUGCUUUAACUGUUCACAAAAUUAAAUUUCUUAAUGCUUGGCUUGUAAUUCAAAUUACUUCUACUUAAAUAUCUAAUAUCAAUGCUUGAAGACAUGUCCUUAAGGAACUUACUUAGAUUAGAAUUCUAAUCAAUGCAUCGCAUGUGCUAGCUAAUAUUGUAACCAGUGUUCCAGCAAUUAAUGUUUCUAAUGCAAAGAUGGCUUUUAUAAAGACUCAAAUGAUCCUCAAAAUUGCAUAUCUCAAUGUAGCUAGCUUGGGCAGAUUCAAGAUGAAGAAGGUUAAUGCAAUUAUGGUUGUGACAACGAUUAGAUAUACAAUACCGAUUACUAAUCAUUUAGCUGUUAAGUUAAAAUUUAAUGUCCCCAAAUAUAGUAAAUACCUUAAAUUUAAAAUUAGAAUAAUAUUGUUUCGUCUUUGCUUGAUAAAACAAUGACUAUAUUGACUCUAAUAGAUGUUUCAGGAAAUGUAGUUUAAUAUAGUUAUCCACAACUGCAAAUACAAUCAGGAUAUUUACUUAACAUAACUUCUUACUAACAAAAUGUUAAUUCAAAUUAUUCAAAUCAAAAAUGA